AUGGAGAUCCCAUACGCCUAUGACGGCUCCACGACGGUUUUGUCACGUGCUUCUCGCAACAGUGCCUGGCACCUGCUGGCUCGGGCACAGAAGCAAUCGGGUGGAUCUGAGCUGGAACCUUGCGGUGCCCGGACCAAAGAGUUCUGCUUCGUGGCAGCGCUCUUCCGGGCCACUCCCCCGACGGAGCCCGCCCUCUGCUCUCUGACCCCUGGGGCAGGCCCGGUUCCCAGGGACAGGCCCCGCCCCCAAGAUGGCGGCGCCCAUGUGUCGCUGAGAACGGCAGCAGGCCCCACUACCCUUUCUCAUCCCGAGAAGCUGAAGGCAGCGGAGAGCGCGGCUUCGGGGGAUGGAGGGUGCGCGGCAGACGGCGAGGGAGACGGCGCCUCGGCCUCGGAGGCGGCGGGACCGGGGCCUCUGCGACCGUCCGCCGGCCCCUCGCCGCCCCCCGGCCUCUCGUGCGACUCGUCCGGAAAACGGUCGCCCGCUCCGGUCCCUACAUCAUGCCCCAGACGAACCCCGUCGGUAUCACUGGCCGCGACUCGCGCCAUCUUGGCCAUUGGCCGUGGAGGCCCCCGAAGCAGCUCCUGCGCGUGCGCCGCGCUCCGACCUCGGGCUGCGGGGCGCCGGGAGCGGAAGUGCUCCGCUGACCCGAGGGCGGCGCGAGGUCGCGCAGCUUGUUGUCCUCCGACCUGGCUGGCGGGUUCUGGUAGCCAAGUACCGGGAGGCGGAGCAGGCACGGGCCGGAGGGCAGGGUCAGGGCGCAUCAGUGAGACCACUGCUCACCUCCUGCGGGCUCCGGCUCAGCCGCCCCUGGGCUUCCUAGUCUACAGAAGAGCCAGUCGAGGCCUCAGAAGGUGAGUUCCCUGGCUCAGGGACAGAUGCGGUGCUGUGGCCAUGGUCCCAACGGAGAUGCGUUUGUCUCUGGAUCGUUUGGUCCUGCGUCGUUAGGAACAAGAGAGCUCUUAUCAGAGUCCUAGGAGGAGGAGCCUCAGCCCAGAGCCUAGGACAGAGGGAGGAGGCUCAUAGGACAGACCCAGACCCUACGGCAGAGGGAAGAGGCUCACAGGACAAGUGGGAAUAUUGCACUUCCAGGGUAGGGUGUUCUAAUAGCUCAUCUGUUUCUUUUAAAAGGUUAAAAUAAUUUUAGUUACAUAAACACUGUAUACUGGACUGUCUCAAAUAGUGUAGGGAGCAGCAAAGAACAUUUGUGUAGACAGUAGCAAUGCACAGAGCCUGAUGCGGGGCUCGAACUCACGGACUGUGAGAUCAUGGCCUGAGCUGAAGUGGGUCGCUUAACGGACUGAGCCACCCAGGUGCCCCUAUCAGCCCCCUUUCUUUUUGUGAUGUGUUUCCUGGUAAGUUUCAGAGAUCAGUACAUUUCACCCCUGAAUACUUUCACAGGCAUGUCAUUAACUAUGUUUGUGUUGAAUGCUUAAUAGGUAUUUUAAUAAAAAAUAAAUUCAUACAUAGCACCAUCUGGUAUUUGAUUGUAUGUCAUCAUGUUUAAUAUAACCCCUAUAUAUAUUUUUCAUGUAUUUUCAUUAUAUAUUUAUGCUGAUAGGACGCUUUUUUAAGUGCUAUUUAUUGAGAUAUAAUUUAUAUAUCAAAAGUUCACCUUUCUAGGGGCACCUGGGUGGCUCAGUCGGUUAAGCGUCUGACUUCGGCUCAGGUCAUGAUCUCGCGGUCUGUGAGUUCUAGCCCCGCAUCAGGCUCUGUGCUGACAGCUCGGAGCCUGGAGCCUGUUCCGGAUUCUGUGUCUCCCUCUCUCUCUGACCCUCCCCUGUUCAUGCUCUGUCUCUCUCUGUCUCAAGAAUAAAUAAACUGUUAAAAAAAUUUUUUUUUAAAAGAAAAAGUUCACCUUUCUUCACUGUACAGUCCCAUGGAUUUGACGGAGAUUGAGUCAUGGAACCACCACCAUCACCACGAUAUUAGACUUUUUCAUCACUCCCCAUCAAAACCAUUGUUCCCUUUAUUCUUAAACUACUCUUUCCACUCCCAGACUUGAUCUUUUUUUUUUUUUAUUGUACUUUAAUUCUUUCUAGAAAGUCCUAGAAAUGAAUCUUUUAGUAUAUGGCCAAAUGCAGCUCCCUUCUUUCACUUAAUGCUUUUUAAUUUCAUCCAUGUUGUGGCACAUUGUGUUAUUUUGUCGCUUUCAUAGCCAAGUAAUGUUCCGGUUUGUGUAUCUGUGGACCACCUAAUGCCCACUGCAAUUGUUCAAGGUUUCGCGUUAUUCUUAAGGAAACUAGUGAACAUCUUGUACAGAUAUUUAUGUGGACAUAUGUUUUUCUGUUUCUUGGGUAAAUAUCUGGAGUGAGGUUGCCUGGUCAUAUGGUAAGCAUAUGUUUCACUUAGAAGACAUUUCCAGAGGGUUCUGCCAACUAGCUGUACCAUUUGGUUUUCCCACCAACAACACACCUUUUGUGUAGGUGUGUAAAGGUAUCUCAUCGUGACUUGAAUUUGCAUUUUUGUAACGACUCUCGAUGUUGAACAUCUUGCCACAGUGCUUGUCUCCGCCAUCUGUUCAUCUUUGGUGAGGUGGCUGUUGUAAUCUUUUGCCUUUUUUGUUUGUUAUUAAGUUGUUAUUUUUACAACCUUUUAUAUACACCUAUAUCUUUAUAUACAUGCACACACGUGCAGUAUCUGUUAUCUUUAUAUAUUGUAGUUGCAAGCUCUUUAUCUUCUAUGUGUUUUCCCAGUGUUUCCUCCCAACUUGGGGCAUGUUUUGUUCUUAACAGUGUCUUCUGAAGGAGACAUCUUUAUUUUUGAUAAAGUGCAAUUUAGCAAGUUUUUCUCUUGUGGUUGAUGCUUUUGUGUUCCAUUUAUCAAAUUUCUUUCUACCCCAGGGUAAGAAAGAUUUUUCUCAUAAUUUUUCUAACAGAAGAUUACAGUUUGGUACUUGUAAUUAAGCCUGUGGUGGAUAAUGAGUUAACUUUUAUAUCCGGUGUGAGGUAAGGGUCAACAUUCUUUUAUAUUCUUAUUUUUUGCAUACUCCUUUCCAUUCGAUUCAGUAACAUUUCUGAAAAGACUUCUUUCCCAGUUUCCCUAGCACCCUUCCUAAAAAUGAGUUGAAUACGUAUGUAUCAGUCUAUCUGCAUAUACCACAUUGUGUUAAUUACUGCAGCCUUAUAUCAAGUACUCAAAUCAGGUAGUGUGAGUCCUCCAGAUUUGUUGUUUGUUUUCACGGUUGUUUUAGCAACUCUAGGUCCUUGCUCUUUUCAUAUAAAUUUUAUUUUUUUAAUGUUUACUUAUUAUUUUUAUUUAUUUUUUUCAAUAUAUGAAAUUUAUCGUCAAAUUGGUUUCCAUACAACACCCAGUGCUCAUCCCAAAAGGUGCCCUCCUCAAUACCCAUCACCCACCCUCCC